AUGCUCUCCUGCAGAUUCGACAGUACUCCAUUCAUUAUUAUUAGUAGCAUGGGUAUGGGCUGCCUAGUAGCCAUCAUAUGGCCCAGUGACAAUAUGUUAAUGCGGGGUAUAAUGGCGACGAUCCUCCGCCGGAGCUUGUCUUUGGCGGGAAUCACUGCAGAACUCGGGGAAGUCGGAUGCUGUUUGUCUUACUCUGAUGUUGUCGCUUCGCUUGGCAAAGUGUUACGGCGGCUAGGAAUUAUCCUAUUGCUGCAUAUUCUAUUGACAAGUCUGGGGCAUCGUCAGUUUGGCCCUCCUAGUGUGGAUACGGAGAAGGACCACCGGGGAAAUGGCUCGAUAGUCAGUUCCGUAGAGGCACGAAUAUAUAAACCCAGAGCUGCACAACAGUUCAGUCAAUUGCAAAGCUUCACAGAAAAGAUGAAAAGCCUCACGACGAUCUGCGCGGGCAUCCUUGCCCUCCUCACUCCUACCAUGGCCCUCCCCCAGCCGCUCCCUCUAGAUCUCCACACAGCUGACCCAACCAAAGUGGGCUACCUGGACUUCUACUGGAAGACGGAAGAUGAGAGCGUCUACCUCGCAUUGAGUAACAAUAGUAAUCCACUCGACUUCCGGCCGAUCAACGGUGGGAAGCCCGUCGUCUCCCCGACCCUGGGCACAAAGGCCGUCCGGGAUGUCUCCAUCGUGGAGGGCGUAGGCCGCGACAAGGGAAAGUACUGGCUGAUCGGAACGGAUCUGGAUAUUGACACUACCAACUGGGACAAAGCAACUCGGACCGGAUCGCGGGCCAUCUUCAUCUGGGAGAGCAGGGAUCUGAUCCAUUGGACUAACGAGCGACUUGUGACGGUCGAGGAUGAGACUGCCGGCAUGGUUUGGGCGCCGGAUGCAAUCUGGGAUCCGAAAGCCGGUAUGUCGCAGUGUGCAUCCGGUCAAUUGAACAUGACUAACAGCUACGCGGCAAACGAUCCUAACCACACUGGCAAUCCCACCACCACGGAUAUCAUCCGCUACGCUCACACCAGUGACUUCAAGACCUUCACCAAGCCGCAGACCUACAUUGACCACGAGACGAGCACGAUCAUCGACCUCAGCAUCCUCCGCGUCGACGACAACACCUUCGUCCGCUUCUACGUCAGCGGCAAGGUUUCCGGCCCCGUGGUCGAAGUGAGCCGCAACGGACUGUUCGGUGACUGGGUCACCCCUUCAGGCACCAUCCAGGACAGCACACACUUUGAAGGUCCGUAUCCCUUCUGGGACAAUGUGCAACCCGGCAAGGCGUAUCUGCUUUGCGAUAAGGUCGGCAGCGUCACUGGUUUGUCGCCAUGGGUGUCGACGGAUGUGACUUCGGGAACGUUUACGCCUGCUUCGGGUGGUAAUCUGGGGGCAUUGAGACAUGGCUCGGUGCUGUCCGUGACCAAGCAGCAGUACGAUGCCUUGGCUGCGCUAGGCUAG